AUGGAAGGUAUUCGGCGGUCGGCAUUGUUGAAUCGACUUGGCUCGCUGGGUCAGGUUACAAAGAAAGAUGCCAUGGAAUGUGAUAUACUGCAGAACGUGUGUUCAACAUUGGGCUUCUUCUACUUUGACCUAGCAGAUCACCCCGAUUUGCUGCUACUGUACAGGAAGCUGCUUGGUUUCUCCCAGGCUUAUUUUACUCAGAGCCUCGGGUCCAAGCAGCAGAAUGAUCACCAGAGUGAAUUAUAUGCACCUAUUCCGGAAUUGGUACCAGCUCAGCAUUUUACUGACUCUGGUGAUACGCAAGGUUACGAAGCUGUAGGAACAUCUGGUGGCCUUUUAGCUGGCUCAGUAAAUGGGUACGAAUCACUAAAGUUCGCUUUCCAUCCACCGGUAAUGGUCGAGGCGCCACUGAAAGGAGACAUCAUCAAGCAAAACGAGGAUAUUAUGCAAGAAUUCCAGCAUACAGCACACGGCGCACUGAUGCAAGUUCUCACUUGUCUUUGUGGUGACGAAAUCUUAAAUCUUCACCAUCCUGACCGUCCAUCGAGAACGAACUCUGUCUUCCUCCGAUAUCCGCACGAUGCACCAUCCAAGGCAGUCGGGCACAAUGAACACAACGACAUGGGGACUUUGACAUUUUUGCUCGCUGCACAAUGGGGCUUACAAGUCCGGGAUCCGCUUGAUGGUAUAUGGAAAUACGUGAGGCCUUCGCCAACACGAGCGGUAGUGAACGUCGGGGACUCUUUAAAUUUCAUCUCUGAGGGGAGAUUACUAUCUGCGAUGCAUCGGGUUAUUCAAAUCAAUGAUGGGAAUCAUAGUGACCGAUAUUCUAUUGCGUUCUUCUUACGACCGGACGAUGAUGCCGAGUAUAGACACAGCGACGGAACCUUGAUGAACGCUGCAACUUGGCAUAAGAUCAGAAUGGAACGGAAACACGCGAGAACAUAG